UGUGAGUGGCUGGUGAGAUAGAGGAACAUAUGACGCUGUGGUUUACUGCACUUCCUGUAAAAUUAUGCUCAACAGAAACAGCUACAUGUGAAACACAGACAAAACCUCCGGACACUAUUUCAGAAGAGUGAGAAAAAUAGAUAACUUCUUAAUCAACUCAGGAAUACUUUACCCGACUGAAUGAGAUGGCAUUCUAGGCUUGAAACACAGAAACGACCAGAGGGGCUGCCAUGGAUACCCUGACUGUCAGCAGUAUACAGCUCUCCCCAGUGAAACACUUUGAACAAAUAGUGGACAUCAGAGCAGAGAAACGUGAACACAUGCGAGGACGCAACAACGUGACUGCAUGUCGCAGCCCUACGAGAGAGUUUGACACAAGACUGAUCAAGAACGAAUUGAAGGAAAAAAGGCAACUUGAAUUUCUGAGGAGGAGAUCAGUGAGCCCAGAGCCGUGUGGUUUGACUACUACAAACUAUUAUUCUCAGGGAAAACCUUCAACAAAGACAUUUUCAAUGAAACAAUAUAGUUCAAUCAAGUCAGAGACAUUGCACGCCGAUGUCCAAAAUACUCCAACUGCUAAUGGGAGACAUACAAGGAUGAUUUUAACACCAACAAGUAGCGUAACUGAAGGCCCAAGCACCAGUAACUGGGCUUCAUUAUGGACAGAACAGGUAACACUGAUGAGGCAAGAGAAAGGCCAUGCAAGGAAGCAAACAUCUACCUCCACACCAACAAUAAAGGAAUCAAACCAGCACAGGGCCAAAAGCACAGAUAAAAGAGAGAAUAGUAUUAAUGCUCAAAAGACAAGCAUCAGAACAUUCAUCCAAGCAGAAAAGAUUCACCAAAAAUUCUCUGUCCAAACUGAAAAUAUUCUCCAAAAGAAUAUACAGCAUGAGACCAGUGUGCAGACAGAGUCUGGUCUCGUCACUGUCAAGGAGUCAGAUCUUCAGAGGUUAACAGACUACUUGCAGGAGGCCCUGUGGAGAGAGGAGGCCGUGAAGAAGAAGCUUGUCGCCCUCCAGGAGAGCACGUCAAGCCUCGUGAACUCUUCGAACAAAAUAUGGACGGCUCGCUGCAGUGAAGACUUGCUGAGAAACCAGAUCAAAGCUCUGGAGGCGCAGCUGCAAGUCUGCCUGCAGAAGUUUCCCAAGGAUGGAGUGAAGAAACUGCUGAUACAGAUGGAGAAGCAGAAACUGGUGUACGAGGAGAGGGCCCUGGUCGCAUUGCAGAAGGUCACACAGGAGAAAACUGAGGCACUCAUCAAGUCUGAGACAAUGCAGGAAGCACUAACUACGGGAAAGGCAGAGGCACUGAGGUGGCAGAGCCUUUGUAAGGAGCUGAAGCUGAGCUCUGAACAGCUUAGGGAAAACCAACACCUUUAUAAUGAACAGAUACAACAGCUGCACAGCCAAGUGGAGCUGUCCAGUACCAGAGAGGCCGAGAUGAGAGAGGAGGUGAUGUCAUUGCGACAAGAGAAGAAGGAGCUACAGUACAACAUGUGCCUGGUGGAAGAAGACAAUCAGAUUUUAAGAGAGGAAAUCCAGCACAUCAGAGUUUUCUAUCUCCUAGAUGGCAGCAAGGAGAACCAGGGCUCCAUGAUGCAGGGGCUUCUGACAUCGGAGGAAGCAGAGCCACGACUGAUGGCGAGGAGAGACUCUCAGGUGGAGGAGCAGCUCAUUCACACUCAAGACAAACUCCGGCUCAAAGAGAGAGAGUGCGAGGAGCUGCAGACGGAGCUGCAUGCCAUGGAGCAGGAGUGCCAGUCAAGCCAGGCCCGGUUGUCGCAGUGCAGAGACGAGCUCCGGCAACUCAGUCACCGCAGCAGGAGACCGACACGGCUUGGCUCCUGGUGGAAAGUGUCUAUGACCUUCCUUCUUCUCCUUGGUGUGGUGGGGGUUGCCAUGUUGUGGCUGUGGUAUCCUCCUUUCAGGGAGCAAGCUGAAGACCUAUACUCAGACAUAGAAGCACGUAUUGAAGACUAUCUCAUGGACAUGGCUUCUCCUCAACACUCUGGUUGUUUUAGACCGAUAUGAUAAUGUUAUUGCUCAGGAACAUUGUUUUUUUGUUGUUGUUUUGUUGCUUUGUUUUAAAAAACAUAGGAUGUAGUUAUAAUUUUGUAUUUCAAACAAUUUAAGACUUGGAGCUCAGAGUAUUUGUGAAAAUGUUGAGUUGAUAUGUGUAGUAGGAUGUUUGCAGAAUGUAAAGGAACACUUCCAGUGUAAAAAAGGACAAAUGUAUUUUUAAUGUACUGUAAACAGCUUGAUUGGUCAAUAUAAGCUCCUUGAAUGAUUAAAAAGCCAUUAAAAAACAUUAAAAUCCAUUAGACAAAGAGAAAACAUAGUUCUUUCAGCUGUUGCUCUAAGUAAACAAAAGAAGGGAGAGUGAGGAAAUAAAGUAAUAUUUACUAUAACCAAUGUUACUGUUGGUUGAGUUAAAAAAAAAACAUUUUAAGCUUUGUGAGUUGAAAUCAAAUAAAGUGUCACCGGUU